GUUCUUCCCCAUUAUCAACGCUGCCUCAACUAACCCAAAAGGUCCCAGAGGCCUUCCACUUUUCGUCCAGAAGUUAUCAAUGGAGUCACCAGCCUUUCCUCGUUGAUGCCGAGCCAAGACGUUACCUUCGUUUCCAAACUCUUUCUGCGCAGCCAAUGGCACGCCUCACAGCCCGAAACACAACCCAUACCGAUGUGGCCCCUGACAAUCGACCGUCGACCAUUGCCAGCGCUUCCUUGACACAUACUGAUCGUCAUCUAAGGCGUGUCGAAGCCCGUCUUUGUCCUGGACAGCAAAGUGCUGUCCGCACAAGGACCAUGCCUUUCGCUUGUGCCGAACACUAUCAUACGCACUAGGGGCUUUGCCCCUGGGAUCGUAAGUCGCGUUAAAAUGUCUGUCAUGUCCAAGUGCCGUGCUACUUCUGUAUAUCAUUGCUUGAGCAGCAUCAUUGUUAUUGCCUGUUACUUGCACUCGUGCUGUGCACAAGUCUGAGUGGGCAUACAUUCUUUUUCGGCCGAGGUGCGCUCUUUGAACGUGACAUCCUAAUCUUCAUUUUUCUUUUCUUCACAAUCUCUGUGACCUUCAGGAAGGCCAACAUUCGCUCAUUUAUAAACAAUCUGUUUCUCGAAACGCUUUGCAAAGAAACCGCCUACAAGUCUUUGCACAAAGGACCAGCAAUGGUGCCCGCACGUACGCUCAAUACAAUUCUGCUUCUAGUAUGCUUCUCAGCAGCUGCGCCGCGGUGGUGGGUUCAUCCAGGUCAUGGUGAUUUCCCGAAACAUUCCCAAGCAGUUUCUUCGGCUGUAGCAUCUUCAUCAUCACCAUCGUCAACAUCAUCCAUAGCAGUUGUUCAGCAGAAUGCCCAAGCCGUGUACACUCCACCUCCAGGUGGUGUUAUCUCAAACGGCAUUCUGUAUCUUACAACUACCAUCUAUCUUGAGCCAGGCCAGUCCCCGUCCUCAGCGGUAUCACCAGUCUCUCAAAACACGCCAACGGCGAAGCCCCAAUCACAACAACAAUCGUCUCCAUUAGCCUCAUUCGCUACAUCUAUAGUACAGGCACCCACAACAACCUCUGCCUUAAAUACUCCUACAGCAGCAGCGCAGACCCCACAUACUGCGUCAGCGAUUUCUUCCCCAAUCUCGAGUGACAGCAGCAGCAGCACCGGCGGCGACGGCGACGUCGGCCUCAUCACCGCCGAUAUGGUGCUUGCAAUUGCGCCACAAUCGAGUACGUGCUCGAGCGCACCUUAUCCAGACGAAUGCGCAACAGCCAACCAAGCAGCGCCUGCAUUCAACUCUGCUUUCGCCAAGUAUGGCAUCACCACCAAAGGGGCACAAGCCGCAAUCAUGGCCUGGGAACUCUUUGAGUCAGGCCAGCUCAAGUACAAGAUGAACCACUUCCCGGCCCCAGGGACACCAGGUAAAGGUACGCGGUGCAUGAUGUCGCCAGAAUUCGUUUCUGAAUAUGCCACUGCCGUCGUCGGCGCGGAUAAAGUUAGUGCGGCCGGAUCGCCUGCCGCAGUGCUGGACCUCGUCAACGGCGACGAUGCCAGCAGCUUUGGUGGCGGCGCGUGGUACAUGAAGACGAAAUGUCCAGAUCUAAUCGCUCAGUUUUCAACGGCGGCAGAUGCUUCAUGGGCGUCGUUCAUGACGUCGUGUGUGCAGACUACUGAUACGUCUGAUCGUGAUGCAUUGUGGACCGCUGCGAAGCAAGCGCUGGGUGUAUGAAAGAAACGAAAAUUGGUCGACAUGGAGAGGCGUCAUCAGCCAUCUUGAGCCUUGGCUCGCAAUGAAUUUCCUUGCUGUGGAAUUCCGCGCAUCGCACCAUUGCAUAGUAUAGUCAAUCGAAAGUCCAAAUACGAAGGCCAAACAAUGGAC